AGCUCUUAAAUGUUUCAAGAAACAUACAGAAGGUUAACAUAAAGAAAUCUGCACUCUUGAGUCAGCCUACGUCCUGAGCUGUGACAAGCGCUUCUUGCUGCUGUAUGGUAUGAACUCUGAAUUUCAUUUGAUGAAUAUGUUAAUUAAAACUGACAUUUGAGCCUUCUAUUAGCAAGUACUAUCUACCUGAAAAGUGAUGUAGUCUGUGACACACUGCCAGUUGAAGAUCCAUCUGCACAUAAACCACUUUUCAUGUUGCUUUAGUAUCAUUCACUCACUAAUCAGAAGAUAAACUUUAAUCUAAACCAGCAUUACAGGAUCAGCAUGUUUGUCCCUGACAGAUUCCCAUUCAGUCUCAAAUGAGGUCACUUUUCAGUGAGAUGCCAGCAAGAGCUUAAAUUUGCAGUAAAACUGCCACUUCUAAUUCCUGCUGUAGACAAAACAUAGCCUUUAGAUAGGGUUGAUAAAAUUUCAACUGUAGUGAGUACUUGGCCAAGCCCCUGGAUUAUCUAAAUACCCUGCUUUACCAUUACCAGCUAAGGCCUGAAUGAUGAGCUUGCUCAGAUAUUAUCUGAGGAGACACAUGCAUUGGCUUUUAUUGCAAAGUAGCAUAUCUGUCCUUCCUGAAAGAUCAAGGUGAGCUCUUGGGCAGACACAUCAAAUUAUAGUGAUGAAAUGAGUCAUUUAUUUUUGACUUAUGACUGGGAUAGACCUUAAAGGAAAAAAGUGUUUUAAAGGGUUGCCACUUAUCCCUAGUUCACAAAGAAACACACCUUAUUCACAUUCAGAAUUCCCACCAAUAGAAGCAGGCUGGGAGGAUGUGGUGACAUCCUGGGAGGAUGUAGUUGAGUAACCUUAUCCAAUGCCUUUGCCUCACCUGAACUGCCUUCCCCCCUUAUUUUUUUGAAGCUUGUGGACCAAAUAUCAUUAGAUCAGUGGAAGAAGUUACUUGCAGAUACCUAUAGGUGCUAAACAAGUAUGUGUUGAAACUUAUCCUCUGGUGUUUUUUUUUUUUUUUUGAAGGGCUAGAAUGACUGUGAACAUUGGAUUUGAACAUUGAUAGAGCAAAGGUUUAGGAUUUGCAUCAAACUAACACCUGUUGCUUUUCUGUGUUAAAACCUGGGCAGAAAUCUUUGCCUGUGAAAAAAGGGAUAUGUAAUCAUUUCUCCAGUACAGAGUUGCAUUAAAUUUGUAAUUCCAAAAAUAACUGCAGCCAUAUAAGGACAGUGAGUUUUGUAGUGUUUGGGAGUUAACGUGCCAGAGGCAAAGAAUCUUGUAGCAAAAUCCCUGCUCCUGAUCCAUAGCCUGAGAGAGCAGCCUAGUGCAAAACCUAGGGUCUCUGAGAUUGCAUGUUCAUAUCUAAGAACUAUAGAAGACCUGCAGAUGCAUAUUGGCAUAAAAACACUAGGACAUAAUCUCAACUAUUGUAAACCAGCAGAGCUCUGCUCGUUCCAGUGGAGCUGUACCUGUUUAUACUUGAGAAUCUAGCCCAUGACUCAGAAAUACUUUCUGUGGCCUAAAUCUAUACGAAACCUCAUUGUUAAAUCAGUGUACUCUCAGCACAUCUCUAUGCUAUGGACAUUACAGCUGCAGCUAUGCUAGUAUAGCACCCUCGUGAAAAGGCUUUCUAGAUUGGCGGAACAACCCUUUCCAUUUAUGUAGGUAACCCCUUCGGCAAAGGGCAGCGGCUGCCUUACUGGAGUAAUUCUUUUCGUGUCUCAGCAAUAUAGCUAGGUUAAUCUAAAUGUGAAGUGUACACCAGCCCUGAAUCAAAAUGGGUGAGUAUGUCUGAGUGUUUUUAUGACUAGAGAACUGCACCGACAGCACCGCUCCUGGCUUAAGGCAUAAGCACUAUCGGUUUUAUGUCUAGGACCCCAACACUGGGGGUCAGGAGUGCCUGUUGGCACCUCAGUUUGUUUGAAAGAAAAGCUUUAAACGUCUCUGCUUUGGUUACUUUUGCUUAGCUAUGCUGUAUGCAGCCACCGUGGCCGCAUAGCUGGGAGAGGGGUGAAGUGUCCUCUUUUGUGUCUCACUGAAUGGUUAACUGCAGGGCCUAUCUGCUUAGGGCCCUCUGCAGCACCGGUCUCAGGGAGGCCUCCACCUUGAGGAGACAGAAGAGUGCAGUGGACCAGGCCUGCUCGGACAGCUGCACCCUGCCUGCUCGGCCCCCCAGGUUCCAUGCCUGAGGGGGCGGACAGAGGUUCCCUAGGGUGCCUCUCGGGGGAGGAAGGACGGGAUCCUCGGCCACUCGCGGGGGGGGGGGAGCAGAGCCCUAGGAGCCCAGCCGGGCCGAGAGAGCGCCUGACUGAGCUGCCGGCCAGCGCAGAGGCUUGAUGCAGCCGUGCAUGCCCUCUUCAUGCUGUCAGUCUCGGUGUAGUGGACUCCGCCCUCGUCCUCCGAGCAUGCGCGCUCGUUUCCACAGCUCAGGGCUCCGCGCCUGCGCACUGCCCAGCGGAGCCGGAGCUCUGUGGUGGCGGCGGCGGCUGGGGGAAAUGGCGGCCGUGGUGCUGGUGUCGGUGGAGAGCAGCUCGGGGGUGAUGCCGGGCGGGAGCCCGGCUGCGUGUGGGGCUCCCGCGGGUCCCUGUGGGCCGGGUUCGUGGAGCCGGGCCCUGGACCGGGCCCUGGAGGAGGCGGCGGUGAGCGGGGCGCUGAGCCUGAGCGGCAGGAAGCUGCGGGACUAUCCGCGGGGCAGCGCCGCCAACCACGACCUGAGCGACACCACGCAGGCCGAUUUGUCACGGAACAGACUCUCGGAGCUUCCUGCAGAAGCUUGUCAUUUUGUUUCCCUUGAGAGCCUUAACUUGUACCAGAACUGCAUUCGUUAUAUCCCAGAGGCCAUCCUGAACCUACAGUCUUUAACAUUUCUAAAUAUCAGUCGAAACCAGCUUUCAACAUUGCCAGUACACAUGUGUAGUCUACCAUUGAAAGUUUUGAUAGCAAGUAAUAAUAAGUUGGUCUCACUACCUGAAGAAAUUGGACAGCUCAGACACCUGACAGAGCUUGAUGUGAGCUGUAAUGAAAUACAGACAAUACCUCCACAGAUUGGCAGACUGGAGUCUUUGCGUGACCUGAACAUCAGGAGAAAUCAUUUGGUGCAUUUACCUGAAGAACUUGCAGAAUUGUCUUUGAUUCGAUUAGAUUUCUCCUGCAAUAAAAUCACAACAAUCCCUGUUUGUUAUCGGAACCUCAGGCAUCUUCAGACAAUCACACUAGACAACAACCCGCUACAGUCACCCCCUGCACAGAUAUGCAUAAAAGGAAAAAUCCACAUAUUUAAAUACCUGAACAUAGAAGCGUGCAAGAUCGCUCAAGACUUGCCUGAUUAUGAUAGGAGGCCCAUAGGAUUUGGCUCUUGCCAUGAGGAACUGUACUCCAGUCGUCCGUAUGGAGCACUAGAUUCUGGUUUCAAUAGUGUGGACAGCGGAGACAAAAGAUGGUCAGGGAACGAACCUACAGAUGAGUUCUCAGACCUCCCUCUGCGAGUGGCAGAGAUCACUAAAGAGCAGAGACUGCGAAGAGAGAGAGAGUACCAGGAAAACCGAGGGAGCACUGUUGUAACUAAUGGUGGAGUGGAACAUGAUCUGGAUCAGAUUGACUAUAUUGAUAGCUGUGCCACUGAAGAGGAAGAGGAAGAGGUGAGGCAACCCAAGUGCAUGGAGUCAGAGAGCCUCAGCUCACAGUUCAUGGCAUAUAUUGAACAACGGCGAAUCUCUCAUGAGGGCUCACCAGUAAAGCCAGUACCCAUCAGAGAUUUUCAGAGAACAGAAGAUACAAGACGAUACUUCCAUCAAAAUAGGGAUACUGAUGAAUUACGAAGACCAGAAACACUAAGCUUGAUGCAGGACAGAGAGCGACACCAAGGACAAAGGAGUUAUGUGGACAAGGCAGAGAGAGCCCCAGCUGAUUCAUCUUACCUUCUGUCUCUGUCCAGCAACCACAAUCAGAUCUCUCAUACAGAUGCUGAACUUCACCGAAGGCGAGAGCACGUAGUGGAGCGCACUCGGAGAGAAGCCCAGCUUGCAGCACUUCAGUAUGAGGAGGACAGGAUGAGGACGAAACAGAUCCAGAGGGAUGCUGUGCUUGACUUUGUCAAACAAAAGGCAUCCCAGAGUCCUCAGAAGCAAAGUCCUCUGGAUAGUGAGUGUCCUUUUCCAUCCAGAAGGUCUCAGCACACUGAUGAUAGUGCCUUGUUAGUGUCGCUGUCAGGGUUGAAUCAAGAGGGCUAUGCUACCACCCUGCCUAAUGCCUUCAGAUCUGUCAAGAGUGAUGACAGAUCUACUAUAUCACCAGGUUCACCUACUACUCAAACAGUCCAUCUUUCCUCUCUGUAUCCUGGCCCUGCUGCUCCUCCUUCCUAUAGAAACCCUUCCCAGCGACCUGAGAGUUUCCUUUUCCGAGCAGCUGUAAGGGAUGAAAUUAACAAAGUUGUUGCUUCAUCUCCCUCUUCUGCCUCAUGUCCUCCUAAUGAUUCUACAGACCCUAGAGCAAGGCAGAACUCCAAGCAACGUGAGGAAGAGUUGGAACUAACAGAGCAACUGCGGAAGAAUAUUGAGUCACGGUUAAAAGUGUCUUUGCCCAGUGAUCUUGGAGCAGCUCUUACUGAUGGAGUUGUUCUCUGCCACUUAGCCAAUCAUGUGUGGCCUCGAUCUGUUCCCAGCAUCCAUGUCCCCUCUCCUGCUGUACCUAAGCUAACAAUGGCAAAAUGCAGACGAAAUGUGGAGAAUUUCCUGGAAGCUUGCAGAAAGAUUGGUGUGCCUCAGGAGCGAUUAUGUUUGCCUCUGCAUAUUUUAGAAGAGAAAGGUUUGACACAGGUAGCAGUGACAGUCCACGCACUUCUGGAGCUUGCACCCCCAAAGCAGCAGCAUCACCACUUGUCUGCUGCGUAAAGAUCUCCAGGACCUUUUGGUUUCCCUUGGCUAAGCAGAAGAACAUGAAGACUUUACUGCUGGUGCAGUGUAUCCAAACACACAGAGCUCUGCUCUAAGAAGGAAAUUAGCUUCUGUGAUUCCUGACAGGAAUGUUUUGCUUCAUUUCUCCACUUUUUUUGGAGAUCACACCAGUUUCCAUUUAAUUUUUUACCAAUAUUUUUUCCCCUUUAUAAAGUGAGGUUUUUUCUUGGGGGAAAUUCCUUUCUCUGGUUGUUGAGAAGCAUCUGUUAAAACUGACUAUGUAGAUUCAGGGGAUUUAUAUAUACAGUCUGAAAAGCUGUAAGAUUCCUACUAGGAUGUAUUUCCAAAGGGGAUGUAUCCAUUGCGACACAGUGAUGGAGACUGCUUGUCCUCCCCAUGAGUCCCAGAGAGAGUUUUCCCUGCUUCUAAGAAACGCCAGCUCUUUCCAUUGCAUAUAAAGAUCACAGGUUAAGACUGUGUUUUGAAGCUGAUGAUACUCAGUUUCUCAAAGCAAGACUGAAAUGGAUUUUUUACUCUGGGUUGGCAUGUCCUCAAUAUUAAAAUAUAACUAUAUAGUGCUGUUGGUUUUUUCCCAGGGAUACCCAUACUGCUUGUUACCUCCCUAAGGAACAGACAUGGCAGUGAGAGAUACUAAGCCCUAACCCUGUUCAAAUAUUGUUAUUAAAUCAAAAUAUUUGCUGGCUUUAAGCUUCGGUUGGUUAUAAAUCUAUCUUUGUAUUGGAAUCUUUCCCACUUCAGUGGAAAACAUCUUACCACCCUUCAUGCCCUCUCCUACCCAUCAUGGGGACUCGGUUACUAAACAGUAAUGUUAAAUUGGUCUAUGGCUCGAAUUGCUGCAAAUAAUGAUUGAAGAUUUUCCUAUGAAGAAUCAUGUACCUAUUUUCAUUCCACUGCAAAUAAUCAUGAGCUAUGAAACCAUCCAUUAGAGAUCUGUUAUCCAAUUCUGUUUUCAAUUGAAAACAACACACAGCCACCCCCUUACACCAAUGAAGACUCCAGUUAUGUAGGAACAAAUUAUUGUAGGAAAGAAUGAGAUUAUUGAAUUCCCAGAGUGGUUCUGUGUGUUAGCUCUGCUUUCAAAGUGGCAGUCUUUUGCAAAAGGAAAUUUCUGUGGGUGGGUUUGACAGAAUGUGUUAAUAAAGUAUGUUUUCUUGUAGUUCAUUCAGUGGUAUAAACUGCCUUUUGUUCCUUCUGCCUACCUCCUUUUCCCCAAAAAGUGGACAUUCAAAAUAUGUGAACAGGAAACUGAAAAUAAGGUUUGCAUGUUACUUUAAAGGUGACUGACAAAGUCCAGACUUCUGUGCUGCCUUGGCCCCCCUGAUGAGGCUGGGUCACAUUCAGCUCUGCAGUAACUUUUAUAUAUAGUAAUGUUUUAAAAAUCCUUUUCUCCCACAGUGAAAUCCUCUUGAUAUUUCCUGGGGUAAUCCCAGAAGACACCUCUGCCAUUAUCAUGGAUUGCACAGGGUGUGAAUGAGACUUCUGGUAUUUGUGGUGUUCCAUUCUGGGGUAUUGUUAGUGAACCAGUAAUACCAAGAGGUUUUCAGAAGGGAUGAAGUGGGCAGAAGAAAUGGAAAAAAGGUUAGUUAAAAGUUUUCUUUGCUGUAAUAAGCCUGGUCAUGGGAACACUUAAGCACAGAAGUCUGGGCUUAGCUGAAUUUUCCCUUUGGAUUUGUCAUUCCAUUCUCACUCUGAUUUGUUUGCCUAAUAAUUAUUUCAUGGGUAGCUUGUGGUAACUGUUGUCCCAAUGAUUUCGCAUAAGGACGUAUUUUGUUUCAUAUUGGUGUUGACACCACUGAUCACACCAUAGGUCUAGAAAAACACAUGAAGGAUAUUUAAAACUAGAGUCGUACGGUUGAUAAGGGAAAAUAUUUUCAUAAUGUGUAAGUGGCUGUCUUGGUUUCUGGAAGAUCUGAGUAUGCCAGUAACGUGCAUCAUAAAAAGGAAGAGAGCAGCUCUCUACAGGUACACCUUCCCCCAGCAAACGGUGUAGACUGUGUUUCACAGUACCGUGUUCCAAGGGAAGGCUUGCAACGGACAGAACUGGUCCUUGAAGGAUUAUGUGGCAGUGAAAGGAGAAUUUUUUUUACUGCAGUCUCUGCCAUUUGUUGAAUGGGGGAUGUAGAUUUCUGGCAUCUCACCGCUGACAUUAUAGACUAGUGGUUCCCAAACUUUUUCCUGACCUCCCCCGCCCCCAUCUCCUGAAGCAGUGGUGCCAGUUCAGAUAUUUCUUGGGAGGAGGGCACAUUUUUUCAACCCUGGGUUGCCCCACAGCCAGCCCUACUCUCCCCCGCCGCCCACUCCCCAGGGUACCUGGGAGGGAGUUGUCAUUGCAGUGUGGAGCAGGCAGAGCACACGGACUGGGCACCCUGCCCCAUCACUGGUGGUAGCACAGACUCCCCGUCCCUCCUUGGUGCUGCAGCUCCCUGCCAGGCUGGGGGGCUCAUUUCAGCACCACCACUCCUUGGAUUCUUCUGCCAGCAGCAGAGACUAGCCUCUCUACAGCCAGCUCCAUGCACCCCAGGAUGGGACCAUGAGCAGCUUCCCUGCCUCCCCUCCCUGCUGGCUCGAGGCUUCCAGCAAUGCCAAGUGGAGAUGCUAUGGGUUCUUGCUGGAGGGCCCAGCAGGCAGAGCGGGACUGGAUGCCACGCAUGUCCCCUCCAGAGCCCCUGCCUCCCUCACGCUGCUCCUUACCCCUCUUCCCUGAUGGCUCAAAAUAUUGCAACCCCCUGUGGGUUUUGACCCCCAGUUUGGGAAACUCUGAUAUAGACAAUUCUGCCAUAGACCAUAAAUGUUUCCUUAUGGGUUGUCUACAAGUCAUUGUUAAAGGGGAGUAACAAAUUAAUCUGACUUCUCAGUACUAGAUACUUUUUAUUCUCUGUACCUGGGUAUUAGGUUUUGUUUAAUAGAUCGAAAGGAGGAUGCAAUAUUUAGAUUUAUUCACUGUAAGAAAUCUGUUAAACUUAAUGUGGAAUUGUGAGAAUCUGUUAUUUGCUCCAGCCCAGCUUCCCGGACUUACGGAAACUGACUGUAACAGCAUUCAUGUUGGUAGAAGUUGGACAUUUCAUAAAUGUUAAUUUUUGGAAAACUAACAAUUUGGAGUUUGAGUCUGACUUUCAGUAAAUGGCCACUUCUCAGUGUGUGUUGUAAAAUCAGCCACUGUUGCACACACGUGUGUGUAGCCGAAUUUUACAUCAGCAACUAUGCUUGUAUGCCUGGUCAGGUGUAUGCUCCUAUUUCCUUUACAGUUCUAAACAAACAUUUCACUCUAGCAAGUACACAUUUGUGUGGUCAUGUUAGUUUGACUCUUUAAUUUUGUGUUUUCAUGCUGGCAAACACUAAACGUUGACCAGACAUUGAGGAUGAAAAUCCAAAUCUGAAAUUUCAAGAUAUGGUUUAUUCUUGAUGGAUUAUACCAAAAAACACUUCUGGUUUCUGUUGUAAUGAAAUGGGAUGGGAUUUUUUUGGUAUAUUUAUGUGCACUUUUUGUUAUAGCCAGUUAAAAAAUAUUUUAAAGAAAACACAUUGGAUUUCAUUUGGUGUGCUAAAGCUAGUAUCAAUUGUAGUCUUUCCCUUUUGGGGCGUUGGUGGUGGGGAAAAAUCCAUUUCAGAGUUAAGCACUUGCUAGUAUGUUUGUUCCUUACACAAGCCUUGUUAAGCACUGAAGAAAACUGAGGAUCGAUAAUGUUACGAAAUAGAAAUUGAAAUGGCUCUGGCACUUAAUGGUCCUUGACGGUGUUGGAAUGAUCUGGUCAGGAAAUAGGGGAUUUUGAUUUCUCCUUCUUGGGAGCUAGUGACAGGGGAAACUGGUUAGGAAAGCCCCUUCCUUGCUGGGUUAUUAAUUUCUAGACAACAUUUUACAGCACUGAGAACUAUUCUGUUGCUCUUAGCAGUAACGUGGUAACUGGUGAUUUUUUUACCCUUUUAUGACUUUAAAUGGUUCUUUGACAUUUUUGUUUUAGAAGCAGAGGAAUUCUAAGGUGGAUUUAAACAUUUAAAAAAAUCUUUGUAUAGAUAUUCUGUUUUACAAUCUAAUUUUGUUUCUGAAAACCUUGUAAACGUGUAAUUAAUAGAGUAAAGGAUUUUUAAAGCUCCCACCUAUACUUGUAUGUCUGUAAAUACAUUCCAUAAUUUCUAAGACUGUUAAGUAUAAAUAUGCCAGAAUAUUGUGUACUUUAUUUUAAAUUGCCUGUAUGCUGUUAGUUGUGUGAACUUCUAACACACUGAUAAUAUAAAACCAAAUACUUGGGUAAUUUGAAAUAAAGUUUUAAAACCUA